GCGCACUCCUGCUGAAUCGGCGUGAGUGAGUGUGUAUGUGUGUGCGUGUGUGGGGCGUUCUCUUUCUCCUGCCACAGUAGCAACACAUUGCAGCAGCGUCGGCCCCGAACAAAAGGCUAAAUGCAGCAGAGCCACAGGAGGAGAAACUCAGGGAUAAAAGCAGGCAGAGUGGCCCAGCGUGACUGCACUUCUCAGGGAGGAACUCAACCUGCCAUUUAGCCCUCUUGGCCCUGGAGUGGAGACAGGAGGGUACACUGGACCAGCCCCAGGCUGCCUGUCUGUCUCUCUGAGCUGACAAAAACACCCUCUCACUGUUUUGCCUUUCACUUUGUGUUUCAUUCUCACACCUGUCAUCCUUUGCUGAGACUCCUGCACCUGCCCUUCUCCACUUGGGCGUCUUUCCUUUCCGUCCACCUGUUCUUCGAGAUGUCAGACGAUGACUGCCGCUCGCCCAUCGGCCUGGACUGCUGCAGCUGCUGCCUGGACCUGGCAAAUGGCUGUGAUGACUCCAUGGCCGGCAGUCCGGCUCAGGGCCUCGGGGGCCUGCCAGCAAGCCCCACAAGCCCCAGUGUCAGCCACUUCCGCCAGCUCCGCAACCAGCUGAUGUACCAGAACUUGAACACGGACAAGCUGAACAACAUCAUGAGGCAGGACUCCCUGGAGUCGGUGGUGAGGGACCCCUGCUUCUUACUCAAUGAGGGGAUCUGCAACAGCAACAGCAACAUUGACCAGACCAUGCUGUCUAUACUGCUCUUCUUUCACAGUGCCUCUGGUGCUAGCGUAGUGGCCAUCGACAACAAGAUCGAACAGGCGAUGGAUCUUGUAAAGAACCACCUGAUGUACGCGGUGCGCGAGGAGGUGGAGAUCCUCAAAGAGCAGAUCAAAGAGCUGGCGGAGAAGAACAACCAGCUCGAGAGGGAGAACUACCUGCUGAAGAACCUGGCCAGUCCUGAGCAGCUGGAGAAGUUCCAGUCGCGCAUCCCGACAGAUGUGCUGUUGCCCCUGGACAAUCUGAGCAGCCAGGUGACCCCGGACCAGCAGCAGCACCAUCAGCCCUGCAACCACAGCACAGGCUCUGCUGUAUAAGUGGCUCUGCCUUGGGGCGGGCAGAGCCACUGUCUCAUAACAGUAAUGGACCUCCAUUUUGAACGUAAGCGUGACAAAAAAUCACCGCCGCCGAGAAUGCCUUCGUAACAAACGAAGGUGAAGCAUCGGGGCUGUAAAUGAUCGAUGGGACACAAAAGACACUGAUAAGCACAAAACAGAACUUAAGACGCUCUGACCGGUGCGGUGUCAGACCCCUUCCUCUGAUACCGUCCAACUCUUAGUCUCUCUGUGUAGACAAAAGCGCUAAGAAUAGAGAGAAGGCUGACUAGGCACCGAUGAGCGCUUGCUUUCAGACGGCAAGGGGAGGGGGCUUUCCUGCCUGGCCGAACCCUACCACCAAACACCCUUUGCUCCGGAGAGGAGGGGGUGCUGACCGGGCUGGCCCUGCAGGUGCUAACUUGGAAAGUGUUGGGGAGGUUGCUCCCUGCUCACCCAGAGGAGACCCGCCUGAGACGGUCCUCCAUGUCUCAAUGAGAAGAGCCCCUUCAUGUGGAUUUGUCCGAUCUCAAAAGUUUUCAAGUUUCCACACAUUUCAGCUGCAUAACAAGGACUUUUCCUUCAGCCAUUGCUCAUGUGUUCAUGUACAUUUAAGCAUAACAAGAAUAAUCAACAGGAUAAGCUACAGCAUCAGAGGUGGAGGUUAAUGCAGUAUAGCCAAUUAGAGCUCGUGGAGCGCUGCAGUAGACUGAUCAGUAUACUGUCAUGAUUCAUAAAAUGUAAUCUCAUAUCGCCUGCAGUUGGGGCUUGCUGCUUUUGGGGGAAAAUAAUCCAGCUAUAUCACCUGUUUUUGUUUGUGAUUCUGAACAAAAAACAGUUUGUAAGAUAUGAGCUUUGUACAGUGGUCUUAAAGAUGUUUUUGUAAUCUCGGGGGGACAGGCGUAUCUGCCCACCAUGUCUGCCUAGCCCUUCACAGUAACUACAAUGUACAUAAACGUCCUGAGGUAGUGGAGAUGGUGAGCAAGCAGAAGCCAGCAUUUCUUGCUGCACAUGCAUGCACUCCUGACUUAAAGAAGCGUCGUCCAGUAUCUGGUCUGUUUGCUCGGAUGCCAACUUGAAAACAAUGGCAUGACAACAGUGCCUGUCCUUUAGUAAGAGAGGAACACAUUUCCACACUGAGCUCUGUUGUUGUUUUCUAGCUACCAAAGACUUUUUUCUUUUUUUUUUCUCUCUCUUAUCUCUCACAACAACAGAAGCUGAGCGAACCAGGACCAUGUGUAAAACUUCACAGGGAGAAGUGUUUGUAGCUAGUGCUAAAGUUUCUAUGUGUUUUGUAAAGAUAACGGUAUUGUUGCUGUAAAGUAUCCUCAAAAGAGUUGUUCACUAUGGUGUUUGGAUACAACUGCACAUUUGCAAUAAACCUUAUGUUUACAUAAUA